ACGUGUCCGGAACAAGGACAGCACGUUACUUUGAAUCCUCUGCGAUCGUUCUUCUGAGAAAUGAACAUCAGACACUCCUAUGUUUCAGUCUAGCGGGAAACGAAAGGGCAAACCUCAACUUUCUCUGCUUGCUUUGCGCACAGAUUAAGGUGGCAACAUUGAAUAGCGCCCCCAAACAAAAAUCGUGUUGUUAGAUAAAUGGGUUCCGAUUCGAAUCUGGGAGGAUCAGCCUCAGCCUCAGCCUCAGCCUCUUCGCCCAGUGCCAAGCGCACCAGAGAUCCAGAAGAGGAGGUUUACCUCGACAAUCUUCGCUCUCACAAGCGUUACCUCAGCGAGAUAAUGGCAUCUAGCCUUAAUGGAUUGACUGUUGGAGACUCACUUACUGAUAAUCUCAUGGAAUCUCCAGCAAGGUCUGAAAGCUCGUUCUUUCUCAGGGAUGACAUGUCCUUACAAUAUUCACCCAUGUCAGAAGACUCAGAUGACUCAAGGUUUUGCGAGACCCCUUUGCAAAGUUGCUCACCUCAACCAGACAGCAUUCCUAGUAGUCCAGUUUCUCCAUACAGGCACCAAAGACCACCAAAUGCAUUUUCUUCAGCGCCUUCCACAAGCUCAAGUGCUAUUCAUGGCUGUACUGUCUCAACUUCCCAGCCUCGUCAGCGCAGCUCAGAUUCUGAGGGUCGUUUCCCAUCAUCUCCUAGUGAUAUAUGCCACUCAGCUGAUUUGAGAAGAGCUGCACUUCUAAGAUCUGUUCAGAUGAGAACACACCCUCAUGGCUAUGCAUCCUUGGAGCUACCAUUUGGUUCUGGCCAAGACCCUACUCCUAACAUAGAUACAGAGGAAAGGUCAUGCUCUUAUAUGAAAUCCCUGGUUGACGAGGGAGAGUAUCAGAUUGAAGAGUGUGUUCCUGAACCCGUGUUUAACCAUGAUAACAAAUCAUGUAGUGUCCUAAAUGUGAAAGAGAAAACAGCUGAUUCCGGAGGUUAGAUGCUAUAGGGAAUUGCUUACUUCACUUAUGUCUCUAAAAUGAGAUAAUCACUUGUGUUAAUCUUAACCAAAGAUAAAUUAUUUUAUGGAAUUAUUUUCAGAUAGAUAUUCUGAAUUUAUUUCUCGGUUUUCA